UCAACUUCCGGUUGUCAAAGCGCAAUGUUUCAGUUGAAAAUAACAAUAUUAAUCUUACACUGUUAAAGAAUUCUUGCAAACAUGUUGCAUGAAGUCUUACUAGCUCUUCUUGGACAUUCUGGAGGAGUUGUUAAAGACAAAGGCGAUGGUUUAAAGGUGGAGAGUGAUUUACCCUUCAUGCACUCUGCUGAUGAAGAGCAGCUGAACUAUGUCUGCAGGCUUGGAACACACUAUGCAAAACUAACUAAUUUCAUUAAAAGAUACGGCACAACACAUAGCCUGCCAAAUCCAGGUGGGAAGGCAGUGGAGGGUGUGUGUGGGUUGUAUGUGAAGGCUUUCUGCAGCGGCCUGGAUAGGGUUCUGGGUGCGUACCGAAACAAAGUGCUGGAACUGGAGGCUGCCAUACUGCAAGACCCACACCUCUCCAUUGCACACAUAGCAUGCCAGCUGCAGCAGUACCAGCUUUUAUUUCCUGCAUUAGUUGCUGUUGUGGAUCAAAUAACAACACACAAGGCUCAUGGCUGCUACAUUCUGGACAUUGUGCACAAACACAGUGAGACCGGCCACCCACUUGUGAAAGAUACCCUCAUAAGAGUACUCCAUGUUUGUCAUGGUGUAUUGUUUAAGCACCUGUGUAGCUGGCUGCUGUAUGGCUAUGUGUAUGACCCCUACAGGGAGUUCUUCAUCCAGCCAUCUGAGGGUGGGGCAGACACAGCACAUGACCCGACCAGCCAAUCACAAGAGGAGGAAGAUGACCUGGGCAUCAUGGGAGUUACAGGAAGACAACUUCAGCGUAUGUUGCGCCUGAAUUCAAGUGAUGGUGGCAGCAGUCCGUCCAGUCACCUGUUUGCAAUCCAGGCAGACCUGCUGCCCGCGUACAUCCCACUACGUGUUGCUAACAAGAUCCUGUUUGUGGGCGAGUCAAUACAGAUGUUCCAGGAGAAAGGGAAAACACAGGCACAACAGAAAGGUAACAUUUUGCAGGGCCAGCAGGAAGAGUUUGCCCGGGCACUCCACCAGCUAUCUCAGGAGAGGCCCCUAAAUACCAUGAAAUUUGAGGCCCUGAUCAACGACAUACGUACACAUGUCGCUGAGAUAUUGUGGAAGAUCCUGGUUGAGGAUGGGGACCUGCUGGCUCACCUAAAAAUCAUCAAAGACUUCUACCUGUUGGGAAGGGGUGAACUCUACCUGGCCUUCAUAGACCAGGCUCAACAUCUGCUCAGGGUGCCGCCAACUCCCACCACAGAGUAUGAUGUGAAUGCAGCAUACCUUCGAGCAGCCAGGAAUGUUCUUUUCCAUGAUGAUGCCUUGCUUCAGAGAUUUAAAUUCACAGUAAAACAUGCACCAAAGACUCAGAAAAAAGAGGGCAGCACUAGCAGUAGCAGUAGCAGCCAGUCUAAUGUGGAGCCUGGCUGGAGCAGUCUAGCCCUCACCUACUCUGUUCAGUGGCCACUUCAUAUCUUUUUUACACCGGCAGUACUGGAGAAAUAUAACCGUGUGUUCCGGUUUCUGCUGAUGGUGCGUCGAGCCCAGAUGGACCUUCAGCAGUGCUGGUCCAUCCAGAUGUCUCACAAACAUGCACCCAAAGACAAGGCUGAAGUCACCAAGUGGCAACUCCGAAACCAUCUCUCCUUCUUGGUGGAUAAUCUACAGUAUUAUCUGCAGGUUGAUGUGAUAGAGUCACAGUAUGGUAUCCUGGUGGACAAGAUUAGCAACACCCGUGACUAUGAGGCUGUCAAGGUCGCACACGACCACUUCCUGUCCGCACUCCUUGCUCAGAGCUUCGUCCACAUGAAGGCGGUGGCAAACUGCCUGUCCGAGAUUCUGGACCAGUGUUCAGUGUUUGCGGCUCUUGUGGUGCGCUGCGAAACACCCAUGUCUCACAAGGACAUGGCUCAGCUAGAGUCAAUCACAAAGACCUUGCAGCGACAGACAAGUUUGCUGUUCAAGAUGCUAUCGAGUGUACGCACAAACAGUUCAAGCCCGCACCUGGCCCAGCUCCUUUUGCGGCUAGACUUUAACAAGUACUUCUCCAUCUCAGGGGGACAGUUUGGCAGUUUGUGAGCAGUUCAACUGUCACCUGCCAAGUGGAAAAUAGACUGUUUAUUGAUCUGAUUCUGUAUUAUUUAAUGCCAGCUGUUAUUUUGGAUUUGAAUGAACUGUUAUUUUGUAUUUGAAUAAAUUCAAAUGAAUUCA